UUUCGCGGGCCUGGGUACCGCGGGAGCGGGCCGAUGCUGCCCUUUCUGGCGCAUACCCCAGUGGGAGCCCCACAAACAAAGCAACCCCUGUGGACUAGAGCCCGGGAACCUCUGAAACGCUGACCUUUGACAUUUACUUGGGCGGAGCUUGCAGGAGGCCAUGCUUGUCUGGUGAGAAGGGGUCGAGGCCCAAGUCUUGGUGGGGAAGCGGCUGCCAGGGAAGCAGGUAUCCUGAGGGCGCGGGGACAAGCGAACAGCGUCAGUCCUCCGGAGAGCAUCCGCGUGGGGGCCGGAGCCCCGGUGCGGUCCUCUGCUCCUCCUCGUGUGCCCGCACACUUGGCUGUCGGACCACCAGACCCAUCACCAGUGCUUGCACUUUAUGGCUGCCACACCUUCCAGAGACCCCAGCACUGGGCCUCCCCUGAAAAGCAGCCUCCACUUACCCUAGCUGUCAGCAGAUAGGGCAGGAUCCAGAGCUGCCAGCAUCAUCAUAAACUGGGAACAUCAGCCACCGCUGUAGUUUCCCUGGCAGCAGCCAUGGGCCUCCCCGUGAACAGACAAGGAGUCUAAGCCUAGGAGGAGAGGGUGGAUUCACAGGAGCCCCACUUCUGGAUCUUGGACUCCUCUGCCCUCACUUGGUCCACCAGGGCAGCCUGUCUCUGGCCCUUGCUCCUGGACAGUCAAAGCUGCUAAGGGCCAGGCCCAGAGCAGCUUGGGAUGCACAGGUGGCACCAGCCCCACACACCUGGCUCUGAGAUGAAACCCCCAUCUCCUGUCUCACUAGGCCAGGCUGCUGAGCCACUGAGUAGCUGGACAGGCCUGGAGUCUUCCUGAUCAGGGGAGGCAGCCCCGAGUAGUGUCCAGCAGCUUGUGUGAGCAGCGGUCCCCAGGGGACAGUGGAGCAGGCCUGGGGCCCUGCUGCAGAAAGUCCCAUCACUCCCCACCCUCUGUCUGGACUUAGCAUGGGCUGUGGGCAUCUGGCUAGGCUGUGGGGGUUUGUCCAGGAGGGUAUUAUGUACUUGCUCCUCAGGUGGCCAGGAGGAGUGAUGGGAGGAUCUGGUGGAGGGGAAGCUGCAAAGGUGUCAAGGUGUCAAAGGCCAGAAGGCCCUGGGAAGCCCCUCUCCCCAGAGAAGAGCCCCAAGCCAGUUUGAUCUCAGCUUUGCCUGUGCAGGAUUCUAGCUCCUGAAGUCUGUGGAAGGACAGGCAGACAUGCCAGUCUUGGCUUUGAAGCAAGUUUAGGUUGGUGUCCCUACGUGGGAGUAUCAGGAGGGGCAGAGAUGAGGUAAAGUGAAGCUUCCCCCUUCAGAGGCUCAGAUCCUAAGGCAUGAAUACCUCCAGGCACACAGUAGUAUGUUGAGGUUCACAGAUUAGGGAAGAAGUCCAGGAAGACUCCAAGGACUGAGCAGGCAGGCUGUGGAGGGGACCACAGAGGACGAUCUCCCUCCAGAGCCACCUUGGCACAGGUCCUAUGGCAGGCAGCACAAUGUGCUCAUCUCUCCUCUGCCCAAGUUUGUCCUGGUGGCACAGCUGCCAUGAACCAGACUUGGCUUGGCCUCAGGGUAACAGUGCUGGCCUCCCUGACCAUCAGGAUACUUAGUGCAGUAACCCUGAGUUCUCAAAUCUGGUGAGGAAAGCAGCACACAGGAAAGGUGCUACAGGCACUAGGCGGUCCUGAUUUCUUCCCAAAUCGGAGCUACUGUGUGAAGACAGUCAGAUGGCUGUUUCGUGUGCACACAGACACAUGCUAGCACAUUAACCUAUUGCAUAUGCACACAGAUGCAUGCUGGCCUACUACAUGUGUGCACAGAUACAUACUGGUCUGUUGCAUGUACACGCUAGCCUGUUACAUAUGUAUACACUUGCACACUGGCCUGUUGCAUGUGCACUCAGUUAUGAACUGGCCUGUUGUGCAGAUAUACACUGGCCUGGGGCAUGUGCACACGGAUAUGUGGUGGCCUGUGAUGAGUGCACCAAUAUGUGCAAGCCAUACAGAUAUGUACUGGCCCGUUGCGUAUGCAUGCAGAUACACACUAGCCUAUUGCCUGUGCAUGCAGAUACAGGCUAACCUGCAUGUGUACAGCUCUGCAUCCUUGCACCAGCCAGAGGUUGGGAAGAGCUAAUGGGGCGCUCCUGCCCACACUGUCCACAGAGGGGAUGUGGAAGGACCAGUGCGAGGAGUGGCCAGGUGAAGGUAGGGCAUCAGAUGCCAUGAGGGAGCAAACAUAGCAAGACACUUAAACGGGUCUGCCUGCACUGGUCAUGUGGAAAGGGGCUCCUGCUCCAGCUGACACCAACCAGGGGUCCUGGCCCAGAGAAGCUCUGUGCCCCACACACACCUCACAUGCCCUUGCAGAUGGUGAAAAGCUGGCUGAUGUGACAGAUGGUCGGGGUAUCCGGGUGGUGCCAUCCAUGCAGAGGGCAGAGGACUCCAGCGAGAGUCAUGAGGAGGAGCAGGCACCUGAAGAUCAGGACACAAAUGAGCUGUUUCCUGGGGGGGCUAGAAAGCUGCCCCCACUGAACCUCACCUAUCAGGUGCCCGAGUGGCAGGAGGAGUACAAGGGGCAGGUGAACCUGCAUGUGUUUGAGGACUGGUGUGGGGGCGCCGUGGGCCACCUGAGGAGGAACCUGCACUUCCCACUGUUCCCCCACACCCGCACCACUGUGAAGAAGCUGGCUGUGUCCCCCAGAUGGAGGAACUACGGACUCCGGAUCUUUGGCUACAUCCACCCAGCGAGAGAUGGAGACGUCCAGUUCUCUGUGGCUUCAGAUGACAACUCUGAGUUUUGGCUGAGCCUGGAUGAGAGCCCAGCAGCCGCCCAGCUUGUAGCCUUCGUGGGCAAGACUGGCUCCGAGUGGACAGCGCCUGGAGAAUUCACCAAGUUCAGCUCCCAGGUGUCCAAGCCCAAACGGCUCAUGGCUUCCCGGAGGUACUACUUUGAACUGCUUCACAAGCAGGAUGACCGGGGCUCAGACCAUGUGGAAGUGGGUUGGCGCACUUACCUGCCGGGUCUAAAGUUUGAAGUCAUCAGCUCUGCUCACAUCUCCCUUUACACAGACGAGUCCUCCCUGAAGAUGGACCAUGUGGCCCACGUGCCCCAGUCUCCAGCUAGCCAUGGCAGGGGCCACCUGCCCAUGGAGGAGCCCAGUGCAGACAUGCUUCGGCCAGACCCCAGGGACAACUUCUUUCUCACACCCCGGAUGGAGCCCUCGAGCCUGGAGAGCGUGCUGGAGCCCUGUGCCUAUGCACCUACCUAUGUUCUCAAGGAUUUCCCCAUCGCCAGAUACCAGGGGCUGCAGUUUGUAUACCUAUCCUUCGUGUAUCCCAAUGACUACACCCGCCUCACUCAUAUGGAGACGGACAACAAGUGCUUCUACCGGGAGUCUCCCCUGUACCUGGAAAGGUUCGGGUUCUACAAAUACAUGAGGAUGGACAAGCGCGCAGGGGAGGAGGAUGCAGAGGAGGAGGUGCAGCGCCGGGCCUUCCUGUUCCUCAACCCUGAAGGUGAGCCCUCCCCUUCCAGCCCCACCCCCCACGGGCCCAGGCGCCAGGGCCCAGAGCCCCAGGUGCCUCCGACCCUUGGGGCCCCGCAGGCCCACACAUUCACAGCAGAUGUGAACUCCUCGGCUGCCAUGCAGCCGGUGACCUCCUUCCUGAGCUUGUCCCAGGUGUCCCGGCCGCAGCUACCUGCCGAGGGUGAGGAGGAGGAGGAAGGGGAGGAGGAGGACAGAGCCCCAGGUGACGAGGUGGCCUCAGAGGACAGCGAGGAGGACGCUGCAGGUCGCGCGCCUGGGCGCUGGCGAGAAGACGCUAUCGACUGGCAGCGUACGUUCAGCGUGGGCGCUGUGGACUUCGAGCUGCUGCGUUCAGACUGGAAUGACCUGCGCUGCAACGUGUCAGGCAAUCUACAGCUGCCAGAAGCCGAGGCCGUGGACGUGGCAGCCCAGUACAUGGAACGCCUCAAUGCGCGCCAUGGCGGGCGCUUCUCCCUUCUGCGCAUAGUGAACGUUGAGAAGCGCCGGGACUCGGCGCGCGGCAGCCGCUUCUUGUUGGAGCUAGAGCUGGAGGAGCGCGGUGGCGGCCGCCUGCGCCUCUCCGAGUUCGUUUUCCUGCGGGUGCCGGGUGCGCACUCCCGGGAUGAGGAGGGAGAAAGCCCUGAGCCACCACCCGCUGCUGCUUCCCUGCGCCCUGACAGCCGCCCCGAGCUCUGCCGACCUCUGCGCCUCGCCUGGCGCCAGGACGUCGUCGUGCACUUCAUCGUACCAGUUAAGAACCAGGCACGCUGGGUGGUGCAGUUUCUGGCGGACAUGGCCUCACUGCAUGCGCACACCGGGGACCCGCACUUCAGCGUCAUUCUGGUGGACUUCGAGAGCGACGACAUGGACGUAGAGCGUGCCCUGCGCCGGGCGCGGCUGCCCGGGUAUCAGUACCUGAGACGAACUGGAAACUUCGAGCGCUCUGCCGGGCUGCAAGCAGGAGUGGAUGCCGUGGAGGACCCCAGCAGCAUCGUCUUCCUCUGCGACCUGCACAUCCACUUCCCACCCAGCAUCCUGGACAGCAUCCGCAAGCACUGCGUGGAGGGCACGCUGGCCUUUGCACCCGUGGUCAUGCGCCUGGGCUGUGGGAGUUCCCCUCGCAACCCGCGUGGUUACUGGGAAGUGAACGGCUUUGGUCUCUUUGGGAUCUAUAAAUCCGACUUCGACCGCGUGGGAGGCAUGAACACGGAGGAGUUCCGAGACCAGUGGGGGGGCGAGGACUGGGAGCUCCUGGACAGGGUCCUGCAGGCAGGACUGGAGGUGGAGCGACUCCGACUUCGGAACUUCUACCACUACUACCACUCCAAGCGGGGCAUGUGGGGCACACGCAGCCACAAGGGCACCCGCAAGGAGCCAUCGUGAGGAUGGGCACCCAUGCCAACCUAGUCCAGGAGCACAGUCACCACCCGUGCCUCCCCCUCAUCCCGCCACACCCUGUGGCCUCCCCAGAGGCAGCCUUUCCAGCUGGUCCUUCAGGCUGCCUCUGUCCUCACACUCCAAGAUGAUUUCUGUGAAAUUUUCAUUAGCAAUGACAUUGUUUUCAGGAUUUCCGAGUUCUUUCUGUUCCGUUUUUUAUUCAGAAUGAAAUGAAAUAUU